UUAUCAUUUCUUCUCCAAGCCAAAGCCAAGAAUCGAGAGAGCGAGCUAGCUCAAUCUUGUGCAUUGGAGAAGAUCGAUCGAAGGGGCCGGCCGGGACCGACCGAUCAAUGGCGGGCCUCGGGUUCGAUGAGACCGAGCUCCGGCUCGGCCUCCCCGGCGGCGGGGAGGCCGCGAGGAGCUCCGGCAAGAGGGGCUUCGCCGAGACCGUCGACCUCAAGCUCAAGCUGCAGCUGGCGUCCGCACCUGCAGCCCCGGCGGACGAGCGCGAUGACGAGGAGGAGAAAGAACAGGCGGCCCACGACGCGGCGCCGCCGCCGGCCGCCGACGGGAAGACGACGAUGAAGAGGUCGCCGAGCCAGAGCAGCGUGGUCACCGCACAGCCGGACCCCGAGAAGCCGCGCGCGCCCAAGGCGCAGGCGGUUGGGUGGCCGCCGGUCAGGUCGUUCAGGAAGAACGUGCUCGCCGACAAAGCUGACAAGGCGGCGGCGGCGGCGAUGGUGAAGGUGAGCAUGGACGGCGCGCCGUACCUGAGGAAGAUCGACCUGAGGAUGUACAGGAGCUACAAGGACCUGUCCAUGGCGCUCCACAACAUGUUCACCAUCGGCUCCAGCAACGACGGCAAGCUCAAGGAUGUCGACGGGCCGGAGUUCGUGUCGACGUACGAGGACAAGGACGGCGACUGGAUGCUCGUCGGCGACGUGCCAUGGGAUAUGUUCGUCGACUCGUGCAAACGCCUCCGGAUCAUGAAAGGAUCAGAAGCCAUUGGCCUCGCACCAAGGGCAAUGGAGAAACGCAAGAGCAGAAACUGAUCAAGGAGAAGCAGCAGCAUGGCCUUGCUUCUCUCUGUAUUAUACACUAGUAUCAAGCAAUUAAAUGUUUGCUGUAAUUCAGCCAGAUUAAGCCUGUGUCAUCUCAGUUUUUUUUUCCUCUUAAGGCGUUUCGAUGUAUGUAUUUACAUGUGGGUCAGCUCCAUUUGUUAUACUAUAUAUGGAGUAUAUAUACGUCACAAAGAUGUCAUUCUUGCGUCAUCUCUUUUUUUUUCUCUUCUUUUUAAUAGUACUUAUUUUUUU